GUUUUUUAGCAUGUUACCGGAAACAAAGAUAUUUUAGGUCUAACAAUGGAACCUGUAUAAGGUGGCUUAUUUCUGCCAAUUCGUUAUUUUUCUGCCGCAGCAACGUCGUUAUGUCACACCGCCGGACGUCGCCCCACCAAACGUCGCCCCACCGAACGUCAUUAUGGUAUAUUUUUUUCUAAUUCAUGGUAUUGAAUUAAUUUUAGUAUAAAAUCGACAGUAUCUUAAAAUGAAUCAUUACUGAAGUUUAUGAUCGGUCUGGUAUUUUAAGUGAGGUAUAAGAUUGUCAUAAAAUUGAUAAAUUAAUCCCUUGUGCUGUGGAGCUACAAAAUCAUUAUAAAAUGCAUUUAAACACAACUGAAUGCAUUUAGUUUCAGUAAAAAUGAUAAAAGUUUAAUUUGUGAAAACGUUGCAAAACUAAAUAAAAUGUGUUGUCUUCGUAGCUGUCGAAAAAUAAGACACUAAAGGAAUGCAGUUUUGAAAACACUGGCCUAGGAAUUGAACUCUCGACGACAAAAUAGGUUAAGUGAAAAACAGAGCUAGUGUCCGCUGGGCCACAGAAAGAAAUAAAGUGUGUUUCGGAAAAGAUGUAUAUAGACUUAAUUUUAUGUAAUUGUUUCAUACUUAAAGUUGCAGUACUUAAAAAUAUUGACAAAAAUAAUGAAUCAUUGGUCAGCUGUUUUGUUGAGUAAUAUGUUGCCUAUUAUAAUGCGUAUUAUACAUGUUAUGUUAAACAAUUGUAACUCUGGAUCAGAGUACGGACGUUGGUUGUAAACAAUGCAGCUUCUAAUUUUGCUCACAAAAUGUUUCUUAUUUCUGCUUUCAUUUAUACAUAAUCAUAGGACUAAAUUGUAUUCAAGUACCAGCCGAUUCAUUUGACUAUUUAAAAAUCACUUACAGUUACAUUGCAAACUUAUGCUCCUUGCAGCUUUGUCAUUAUCGCAAUUUAAAUUUUUUAGUAUUACGUAUAAUCUAUAAUUAUACUUAUACGGAGAAAAAUAAUAUAUGGUUUAAGUUAAUGUAAAGGCUCGGAAACAGGUAAACCAAACUGUACUUUCCAUGGGUGAUACAAUUCAUGAUAGAAGACAUAUUGUAGAAAAGUAUCAAAGAGCUGUCAGUGCAAAUAUAGUAAGAAAAUAUUUCCAGUACGCCAGGGAUAUACCAGUGAAAAGGUAAAUCAAAAUGAAAGUUGUGAUAGUUGUUUUGUUGUUAUACACUACUGUGGAAGGUAGAUUGUGUUCCGACAAGAGAAAAACACACAUAUAUGCAAAUUCACACGAGAACCAAGGCAGUGUCAAAUACGAAACAGUACGUUACGGACAUUACAUCGAACUAGAUUGUUGUACUACCAGCGGAAGUGAAGUUGCGUGGGUGAAAUGGAGUAAAAAUGCUGAUAAAUGGCAACAAUAUUUGCCAUAUCGGACUGAUGUUACUUUCUACGACUUUAAACAAAUACUUGCUAUAGAAAGUUCCACUUUGAAAGAUACCGGACUAUAUAAAUGCAUUGUUCAAAACAGUACGUCCGUUACGUAUGUUACAAAAUUCCAAGUAGAUGUUGUCGGCUGCGACAAACUUGCUAGGGGACCCUAUCCUACCUCUCCUUUACCUUGUCAUGAAACAUCUACACAAGAAAAAGACACUUUGACACUUCCCUGCACAGGAUACUUUGGAUGUGCAGACGACGGAGAUAUUCGAAUUGCCACGUGGUUUGUGUCAGUUGAUAAAAACAAAAAGGAUGAUUGGGUUGAAGCCACUUCUGUAGACAAACGUUACAAGCAAAUAGAAUUUCAACGAGAUAACGGUGCAGUGAAAGGUUCAAAUCUCACAAUCACAGAUGUUUCAACAAUUGAUUUUAACCGGAAGUAUAUGUGUCUGCUAGCUUCUCCACAAAUGGUGCAAGGUCAAACCAGGCUGAUUGUUACCCUGAAGAAUGAACUUUUUCCUGUGUUAGAAAGCAGCUCGCGUUCUGUCAGCAUUUUGGUUGGUGUUAGUACUGUAGCAGUCCUUUCGUUGAUUGUUAAUAUCAUAACUACUGUACUGACAAUUCAUGCAAGGUCGAGAAAAGUACCACGAAUAGUUCAGAGGACGUCGGAUCAGAAAUGGACGACAGGGAUGUCAAGAGAUUUUGACAAUGUACGAGAAAGACUUGCAGUAGAAUAAUAAUGAUUUUCAUAUAAUAUGCGCACAAAUCCUAUUGACAAUUUUUCUAAGGAGAAAUGAAAAUUUCUAAGCUAUUUUUACAGUUUAAAAAUCUGUUCGCUAAUUUAAACAAAUUUAUUGUGUAGACAUUACACCACGUUUUAUAGUCGACAUUUGUUUCUGCGAUAUUUUGAACGCUUAAUUGACUACCGGUAUUGUCCAAGAAAUGGGACAGCCGCAAUUUCAAGAAAUGUAGAGAUAUUUCUUUGCAGACUGCAGAUCAUAAGUUUUACUAAAUUGCACAGCAGAGGAGUAUUUUACCUAUUAUUUGGUCUAACAGAUGCGUAACCGGGGUUUUCAUGUAUUGCGGCUUUAAUAUUUUGCAAAGUCUAGAUAUAUCAUACUUUUCACAUCGUUUUAAAGGUAUCCAAGUGUUGCAGUCGGGUCUUUUCGAAUUUUUCAAGAUAUCUUCAAUGAUAUCAAUUUCAUAGACAGAAAUAUUUUUUCAAAGUGUAAAAUUCUGGCCACUGGUUUUCUUUAUUAUUUACAACAAAAUGUAGAUUCUAUCUUCACCAAGAUAUCCUGUAUGUUUUGUUAUAAUUCAUCAAAAACUAAAGAGAAACUAAAAUUUCACAGAAAUAUCUUUUAGCGUCCUAGACCAUAUCAAAAUUGCUCUUUGGUGAGAAAUUAAAAAAUAAUCAAGAUAUUUUGAAAAUUCUUAAAGUUGUAUUUACGACUCUUGCAUGUCUUUAUACAGUAAUGUGUAUUGUAUAAAGCAGUGUCUAAUAUUUAAAGAGAAAACAAAGGAGUCCUUGUUACCGAAAUGGUAGACCGAACACUAACUCUUACAUAUAAGUAAAUACAUGUACGUGCCUAUUUUCUGAAAGCCGCAAUAUGUUCAUUUACCUAUCCGGUCUUAUUCUAUGAAAUGUAUUUAUAUUACACACUUUACAUGAAACAGGUAUCAGAUAUAUAUAAAUGCAUGUAGGUGCGUAUUUUCUGAAAACCUAUCCGGUCUUAUUCUAUGAAAUGUAUUUAUAUUAUACACUUUACAUUAAACAGGUAUCAGGUAUACAUAUCAUCCUAGUCUAUUUUUAAUGGUUAUUUUCAAACAUUAACCUAUCCUAUCGAAACUAGUUAACACUGUAAAAUAAAUGUAUUUAUAGUGUUUACUAAAACGUAUGUUUUUGUUUAUCGGAAGUUAUGACUACCUCAAUUUUAGGUUUGUUAUGUCUUUAAUUUAUGGAUCCACUUGAUGAAUUGAAAGAAAAAAUCCACCCAGGUUAAGUACAUAGAUUAGUAUAUUUUUAGGAAUUUUGACUGUUUAAUCUGUAUGACGUGUUUUAAAUUUGCAAAUGAAGUUUCACAAACUAUCGACUCCUUCCUGCUUCAGCUUCUUAAAACUGAGUUACAUUACCCAAUCUUGUUGUUUAAUAAGAAAUUGAUUAAAUGUGUUUUCCGUACAAAUAUGUACGUAGUUUCGUGGUUAAUAAAGUAAUGCACCGAGGGAUCAAGAAAUGUUAAGUACACAACUGACAAUUUAUUAUCUUGUAACGAAAUGUUAACGAGUGUAUGUACCGAUAAAAAUAUGUGGUCUUGGGGAAAAGAAGCCAUUAAAAUCUUAAUAAUAAUGAUUUUAACAACUAAAUGUCAUUUUAAUGCAUUAUAUUUUCUUAAUCAUCAUAUUAUUUUUACAUAAAAUUGUUACGAAGAAUUUGUUAUCAAAAAUAAAGUUACCUUUGUUUC